UCGCGCAGUGUUGUUCAGUUGUGCUGGGCGGUUGUUUGGUGUUUUCCGACGGAUUUGCACAACCCGAUAAGGUACACUGAUAAAAUAUUGUGUCGUUUUUUUUCUCAGUUAUUAACGAUUUUUCUAUACAGGUACGCUGAAUAAUAUAGUCACGCGUAUCAUAUUGUUUUGAGUGUGCGUAGAUCGGCGAGAGACGGAAAUUCAUUUUUUCCGCCGUCCGUUGAACCUCGUAUCCAUUUUAGUUUUUUUGAUUACAAUUUGUCGCGUCAACCUUGACCGUCACCGGCAACCUGUUCGUGUGAUGUACCUGAACGGCGGACUAUACUGAAACCAUGGGUGAAGCGCAUGUUCAUUACAGCAACGGGAAUAGUCAAAAUGGCGGCCAGCACAUCCCAAGACGACCGUACCAGAAAGUCGUGUGGCGCAAUGUAAUACUGUUUGCCUACCUUCACGUGGCAGCCCUGUACGGCGUGUUCCUAAUAUUUACUUCGGCCAAAAUCGCCACCACUCUAUUUGCGAUUUUCAUGUACCAAAUCUCCUCGAUUGGCAUCACUGCAGGGGCUCACAGACUUUGGUCGCACCGGGCAUAUAAAGCAAAAUGGCCGUUGCGCCUCAUACUUAUCAUUUUCAACACAAUUGCGUUCCAAAAUCACGUGUACGAAUGGGCUCGCGAUCAUCGAUUACAUCACAAAUACAGUGAAACCGAUGCGGAUCCACAUAAUGCCAAAAGAGGGUUUUUCUUUUCGCACGUCGGCUGGUUGUUAUGUCGCAAACAUCCUGACAUAAUGGAAAAGGGACGUGGAAUCGACAUGAGUGACUUGCUAGCCGAUCCAUUAGUGGCUUUUCAAAAAAGGUACUACAAGUCCCUGAUGCUGCUGAUGUGUUUCAUAUUGCCUACGUUGUUACCAGUUUACUGUUGGGGUGAAAGUUGGGCCAAUUCGUGGUUUGUGGCCACAAUGUUCCGGUAUACUCUUUCGCUGAAUGUCACAUGGUUGGUCAACAGUGCAGCACACAUGUGGGGUGGACGUCCUUAUGAUAAGUUCAUCAAUCCAGCCGAAAACUUGACUGUGGCCAUUCUAACGCUAGGAGAAGGUUGGCACAACUAUCAUCAUGUGUUUCCGUGGGACUACAAAGCAGCAGAGUUGGGCGACUACAAGUUAAACAUGACGACGGCAUUCAUAGACUUCUUUUCGAAAAUUGGCUGGGCUUAUGACCUGAAAACCGUGUCGGCAGACUGCAUACGCAAGCGCGUCGAACGUACCGGAAAAAGUGACAAUGUCAAAGACGAACAGACUAACUUGCCUUGGGGUUGGGACGACAACGACUUACCACAGUCAGACCGCGAAGCAGCAACGAUAAUUAACAAGCAAGGAUGAGUUGUUUAAACCUAAUUUUGGACGUUUUUUUUAUCCUUUUACUAAAUUGUGUGUGCUACUCUGUAAGCAUGUGUUAUGUAUUUGUAAAUAUUAAGUUUACUCUACCAUUAAAGUUUAUUUGUUAAUAUGAUG